UAUAGAGGUUGAAGAUUAAAAAUGGUGCGAAAGUUUAUCAUUGGUGAUAGUGUUGAUAAUAGUCUUUCAUCUGUUGGUACAUUUGGAAGCGGGUUCCUCUUAUUGUGCAUGAUUGUGAUAUCUCUUUCUAUUAUAUCAAUGGUUAUAUUUGCAUGUGGCAGCGACGACGAUUCAUCUUCUGGUCGUCGCAAAAAACGUGAUGAUGCUGGUGGCGUUGAUUGCGGUUGUUGCGGUGACAUUUGCAGUGGUGGCGGGGGUGACGGCGGAGGCGGUGACGGAGGAGGUGGCGGUUGUGGUGGUGGAGGCGGUUGUGGUGGUGGCGGCGGCGGUUGA